AUGCGCCCGCCGUCGCCGAAGCUCGAGCUCGACUCGCAGGACUCCAACCUCGAGCUUGCUUCUCCCGGAUUGUCAGACGUCACCGACCUACUGGUUUCUGACGAAGUUAAUGCAGAGGACGACCCUGCAAUUAAUCCCGCGCUACCUCCGCGCAUUGCCGCCCGUUUCUGUCGGCUCACAAACGUACGGCGAUCAACAUCGAACGCCUCAUCUCGUCGCACUUCUAUUUCGUCUACACACUCGCACCAGUCCAGUCGCUCUCGUCGCGCUAGAGAGUCGUCACAGAGCACUUGUGUCGCGCAACACCUGCGCCGAGCAUCCAUUCUCGAGGACCGUAAAGCACGGCUCGCUGAUCGGGCUGCCCAUGUAGAAAAGGUCCGAUUGCGGGCAGCUGUAGCUAAAGCUGCCCUGCGUCCGUCAAACCUAGAAGCCAGAGCGCUGGCCGCACAAAAAGCGCGAGAGCGAUACCUUGCACAGGUGACCGCCGCCUGCGCCGAGGAAGUGAGGCGUGCCAAGAAGAUUGCAGAGGAAACAAAAGAGAAGAAGGCGGCAGAGGAAAGAAGGCUCAAGAUGGAAAUGAAGGAGAGGCACGCCGAAGCGGAGCGAAGGAGGCUCGAAUAUAAUCGGCGAAAUGGCCGGAGGACAAGAACCGCAAGUGUCCCAUCAUCCACAGUCGAGGUCAAGCCCAUGGCGUCAGAGGCCUCUGGCUUUAUAGAUGAGGAGACUGCCGCUGCCCGAAUACAAGGGAUGUGGAGAGAUCGGCGCCGAAGACGUGUGAUUAAUGACUUUCAGUCGCUGGAGCUCAGCAUUGAAGCAAUUCACGACACAACAUUUGAACAGGUUGGCGCUUUACUCUCGCAGGAUCGAGUCCUUUCUGCAACCUCCAAGCUCCUCAAGCUAUGUGGAGUCCGGGAUGAGCAGGGUGGACCACUCGGCGAGAAGUUGGCUGUGAGGACGUUUCUGAGCUCCUUCCUCAUCUUAGGCCAUCCAACUCAUGUGCUUGGCAACGAUGGCGAGCAAGAAAAGGAUCUUAUAACUAAAUCAAAGGACUUGCUCAUCUCUUUUGAGCGACUUCUUUCAAUGCUCACGCCGGAAAAUCACUAUACACCACCGGAACCAGAGCUCGAUGCACUCUCCCACGCUUAUGCCGCAUUUCUCUCAGCAUUCAAGGCAUGGAAGUCUUGUGAUGCCACUGCACUGAUAGAGACCAUGGUUGCACAAUUUGUUGAGCUUGACUCUAUUUGGAGCAAGGUCAAGGACGACCAUCCCAGCGUGGCGGCGGAAUAUGAAAAGGGCAUCCGUGACAACCAAGCAGUGUUAUUUGCUAGGAUGAAGCGCCUUGUCGGCCAUGAGAAGGCCCGAUCUCUUGUCCUGCAAGCAAUCAAAGAAUCGCGAAAAGUACGUGGUCAGCGGGCAGCACCAGAGGGGGCUGUGGCCACGCCGCGAGGGGUUACUGGAUCCUCUGAACAGCGUCAACCCACAGAGGGGGCUCAAUCAUCGGCUGAGAUGCAAAGCCCUUCGCCCCAACCGUCAUCUGCCGCAGCAGAAACCUUGCAAUCCCGACUAAACCCACCUAUAACUGCGUCUGCACAUGCCAAUUCGCGCCGACGGUCUGUACAGUCGGACCAGUUACAAAAGAUUGAAUCGCCCAUUCCGGAGAACCGGACUUUGCUCCAUGAACUUGCCAUUAACAAACGCUUUAGAUUAGAAAUGGAAGUCCCAUCAGAAGCUAUGCUCCAAAUGCGACGUGCCAUCUAUCAAAGCAUGAAGAAUGAUGCGGCUGCGCAAAUGGGGCACCCUUGGACGCUCGCCAUUGCAGAUAAUAUUCGACGGCGACUGCUCCGACUCCUGAUGCACGGUAGCUCAACUUACAAGCUAGUUUCGGAAGUCCUUGACCCUACUGUGAUUGCAAACGAGACCUCGAGGGGUACUUUUUCAUUUGACAAGUUUUUUGCUUUCAUGUCGACGAUGCUGCCCCGGCUCUGUGCGCCAUUCCGGGAUGAGGAGAUCAAGCGCCUUACUCAGGACGACACCGGCGACUGGACCGACCGUUUGGCUCGCAUCAUGCAUGGGCUUGACCUCCUCUGCUUGGAUUAUUGCAAUUUCCUCAUGCACGAGAGUGCCCCGGCUCUAAUCAAAGAUGCUCCUGGUUACGAAGCCAGACGCUUUGCCGAAGAUUUGCAAAACGGCGUGCACACACUCGAAAAGACACACCGAUGGUGGAUGGCAUCACGCACACAGCUUAUGGAGGAGGCAGAGCGCAGAGAUCCACAAGGGAUCAUGCACCCUGGCAGUCGUCCGACUGCGGAGAAGAUUUACAUGCACGGUCUUGUCAACCUGGCAAUCUCUGUUGGGCCCUUGCCGGUUUCUGAUCUGCCAGAAACCCUGCAGUUGGACCAUAACCGUCUCGAAGCCUCCCGCCGAGAUACGCUGAGGAUAGUCGUCGUCGGAGCCAUCCUCUUGACUGCGAAGAAUCUGCUCAAGCGGGACGUUCGGUCACAAUGGAAACAGGAAGCGGUUCGGAUAUGGGAGACCUUGGCCGGCGGCGAAAGAAGCGAGAUGAGAGAGAUGAGAGAGCGCGGCGGUCAUCAUCAUAACAGCAACCACAUCAGCGCCAACGCUCCAACAGCAGCCCUUGGGCUAGCACCUUAUCGCGAAGACGCCGGUACCGCAACCCAGAUCCAGUCGAUUAUUGAAUCAUCACACGCCAUGCCGCCCCAAACGAGAGCCCAAUUGGCCAAUACCAUUGCCAGAGUCCUAGGCCAAGCCAGACGGGCAAUCGGACUUCUCCCGCCGUCCUCUUCAUCUUCAACUUCAUCCUCUUCCUCUGCCUCUGCCGCAACGUCACCAACCGCACCAUUCUCCGAUCCAGUCAUGCGUCUCCUCCUCCAACGCCUGCGCACUCACGUCUUCAGUCGCCUCUCCGCAACCUCGGCAGGCGAGCGCGUCCGCCACGCCACGACCGCCAGCGAAGGACUCGCUGGGUCCGGACUGCCCGAGUUCGUCAGCAUGAUUGGCAACAUUGUCGAACAGCUAAGCAAAGUCGCCGACGUCGACCGCAAAGCACAUGGCAUGUGGUAUGAUGCUGUUGCAGCACAAGUUGCUGGCGCACCGCCAUCGUCGUCAUCAUCCUUCACAUGA